AUUAAAUCCUCGAAUCGAUCGAUAUCGACUGGAUUUUGUCAACAAAUUGCGGAGACAAAUAAAUGGUUUUUUCUUUUUUUUUCUUAAAAACUUGAGGGGGAAAAAUUGUCUAGUUUUGGAAUUUUUAAAGUAAUCGUGGGAUUAUUUGUGUCUAAAUUAUAGAUCGACAACAGUGAAUGUUGCUAUUAAUGUUCAUUUUGGAAAGAUAAUCGGGAAAUUAAUUAAACGUCAUUUGUUCUGUCUAAUUUGUGAACUGAGAGCCGGGAUUUUAACUUUUACGAGAUUUUUACGUGUUUGUGAACUUUUAAACUGUGUGGAAAAGCUCUGAGGGUCUCUGAGACUGUGAAAAUCAAAGAAUAUUUGUUUUAUUGACCGGGAAUUGUAUUUUAUUCGUAUAGGCAACUUUUUGGGGGUUUCCUCGGGAUUUAAAUGAGUGCGAGUAAGAGGAGAAAAUUGUUAUCGUCAUGCUCGGAGAUUACGGAGAAUGUCAGGACCAAAGUUGUUUUUACACUCGAGACACUUCCCCCGGAGGUUUUGGAGAUCAUUCUUACGUUUUUGCCGCUGCGAGUGGUUGCUGGAACUUUUCGGCUUGUUUCGAGACACUGUCAAUUAGUUGCCCAUUCUCUGUUAAAUGGUGCAUUCUUCUCAGCUGGUCAACGAUUGGAAUCAGCUUUGUGCUACGUAAAGGAGCGAAUCUCCACUGUUAAAAAUGCUACGGAUCUCCUACUCUUCACGAAAGCCUUCAACUGCCUGGAGUUAGUACGCCUGCAAUAUCGCCUCCUUCGGGCUGUCACCUGGCGUUACACCCAUCCCCCACGUCCCGAGAGAUUCCCCAGACUCUGCUUUUACCCUGGAGGCCUUCUACACCAGCUCAAUCGUAUUCUCUAUCUCGCUAAAAGUCACCCAGCCGCUCUCUUUGGACCCAAUGGAUCAGACAUUGUUGUCCUGGAAUUCUGCAAUGUCUGCAAACGCUUCAUGUAUUACUUCGAAAAAGUCUCGGAAAGGAAAUACAACAGAUCUCCCCUCGUCUCUGGAUGCAAGGCAGUGGACAUCCUAGACUGCCUGACAGAGGGUCGCCAAUUGCUCUCCUUCCGGGUAACUCCACGUCGUGGAAAUCGGGACAGUAUCGUCUGCAUGCACCUGCAGUACACAAUGCGUCGUGCAUGGUUCACGUGCCUGCAAGUUCCCUGCACAAUGGAGGAGAGUUCGUGGCGUGACGAGCAGAGAUUCAUGUACCUGCGUCUUCGUCGUCUAGUGGCAAGUGUAAACGAGCAUUACUACGAGAGAAUUCACUUCGAGCGAGAAAUUUCUAUUCAAGCGAGAACAACUGUGACACCAAAGCUCACUCUACCCUCGACCUACUCAGGAUAUGGAGAAUAUGGUGGACAAUUCUUCUACUAUGGCAACAUGAAUCGACAGGCAUACGCAACCAAGUGGCAUCGACCAGGUGAAUCCGAGGAGUAUCAGGAGUACCCGGAGCAAGUGUCUGAGGAUCACCGAUCAUUUCCUACUUACGAUCUCGUCAUUGGAAUCGAACUUCGCUGUUCACCUGAACUCGCACCCCUCAUCAUCAGACCCAUCCUCAAAAGUGAUGACGUUGACAACAGUCGACCAUUCUCUCACAAUCCUGAAAUGUACCUCAAGAUGACAGUCAACUGUCCAGCCUCUAUCGCUAAUAGAUUGCCUGGUCACUUCGUCUGGGAGCAAAGGGCACGACAUGAAAAAUCGCCCUCUUGAUGUUUUUUUUUCCAAGAUGGUGAUGGGGAGCUUCAAUUAUACAUUCUUGUAUGUCGUAUUUUUAAUUUUUAAUUCUAAACUCAUGUUGUAUGGGAUAAAAAUCGAUGGACGUAUAGAUUCAAUUAAUAAAAAAAAAAUCAUGUGAACAUUUUC